AAAAGCCAAAAGGGUUCUCUCUCCCCUUUUGCUCUCCCUCUCUCUAUAAAAGCUAUCUACCCCUAUCUAUCUCCCUCCCUCCAGCGAUUGUUCCAGGUUUUCUUCUCCUCGAUGAUUCUCAGGCUCCGAUGGUGACCACCGACGAAGGCCCACACCGUCGGUUCUGAAAAGCCGGAGACUUUUGGCGCGGUCCACUCAAUUUCUCGGCGUCAAUCGGUGCUGUUUCUCCUUCUCCGCUGUCUUGGGUUAGGGCUCAGGGUUGGAAAUUGGUGAAUUUGUACACUUUGUAUUGCGAUAUCAAAAAUAUAGGGUUAGGGUUUGUUCAAUUUUGUCAUCAGUCUUUUCUCCUUAGUAGCUUUUGGGGAUUAUACCCAGUAUCAUGUGUAACUGAGAAUUACUUGAUUAUUAUUUUUCUGUUUUUGAUUUGUUUGGUUAUGAUUUAAUUAUUUUGGAAAAGAAGAAGAAAAAAGAAGAAGAAAAGAAUAAAAGAGUGCAAAAAUAUCAUCAAUAAAAUUUGUUCUUGACUGCACCAUCCCAAUUCCCAUGUAUUCUGAUAUAUAAGUAUAUACAAAAAAUUGAACUUUUAUUCACAUUGUAAAUGGGGAGCCCUGCAUUAAGCAACCGAAAUAAUGGUCAGCGGUUAGGCAUUACAGAGCCCAUUUCUCUGGGCGGUCCGACGGAGUAUGAUGUGAUCAAAACUCGAGAACUCGAAAAGUAUUUGCAAGAUGCUGGAUUGUACGAGAGUCAGGAAGAGGCUGUGGGCAGGGAGGAGGUUCUUGGCAGGCUAGAUCAGAUUGUGAAGACAUGGGUUAAAACAAUUAGCCGGGCGAAGGGUUUGAAUGAGCAAUUGGUGCAUGAAGCAAAUGCUAAGAUUUUCACCUUUGGAUCAUAUCGGCUAGGGGUUCAUGGCCCUGGAGCAGAUAUAGACACACUCUGCGUUGGACCUAGACAUGCAACUCGAGAAGGAGAUUUCUUUGGCGAGCUACAUAGGAUGCUGUCUGAGAUGUCUGAAGUGACAGAGUUACAUCCUGUUCCUGAUGCUCACGUUCCAGUAAUGAAAUUCAAGUUCAGUGGGGUUUCAAUAGAUCUUCUGUAUGCACAACUAGCACUUUGGGUUGUUCCUGAAGACUUGGAUAUAUCACAAGACUCAAUACUACAGAAUGCAGAUGAACAGACAGUUCGUAGUCUCAAUGGCUGUAGAGUUACAGACCAAAUUCUGCGUUUGGUCCCUAACAUUCAGAGUUUCCGUACAACGUUAAGAUGCAUGAGGUUAUGGGCAAAGCGUCGUGGUGUUUAUUCAAAUGUUACAGGGUUUCUCGGUGGUAUAAACUGGGCAUUGCUUGUUGCUCGCAUAUGCCAACUUUACCCGAAUGCACUGCCUAAUAUGCUAGUUUCUCGGUUCUUCAGGGUAUAUACUCAGUGGCGUUGGCCAAAUCCAGUCAUGCUUUGUGCUAUUGAAGAUGGGUCUCUUGGACUUCAGGUUUGGGAUCCUAGAAGAUAUAUAAAGGACAAGUAUCAUUUGAUGCCUAUAAUUACUCCGGCUUAUCCCAGUAUGAACUCUAGCUACAAUGUGUCCGCAAGUACUUUGCGUAUCAUGUUAGAGGAGUUUCAGAGGGGUAAUGAAAUUUGUGAGGCUAUGGAAGCAAAUAAGGCUGAUUGGGAUACCCUUUUUGAGUCUUAUGCUUUCUUUAAAGCAUAUAAGAAUUAUUUACAGAUAGACAUCAGUGCAGAAAAUGCUGAUGACUUUAGAAAAUGGAAGGGCUGGGUUGAGUCUCGUCUCCGUCAACUAACCCUGAAGAUUGAGAGGCACUCAUAUGACAUGCUGCAGUGUCACCCACAUCCAGGUGAUUUUUCAGACAGAUCGAGACCAUUUCAUAGUUCGUUCUUUAUGGGCCUACAACGAAAACAAGGAGUUCCAGUCGCUGAAGGCGAGCAGUUUGACAUAAGGGGAACUGUUGAGGAAUUUAAGAAUGCUGUCAACCUUUACAUGUUAUUGAAGCGUGGAAUGGAGAUCCGUGUAUCCCAUGUAAAACGCAGGAACAUUCCCAAUUUUGUGUUUCCUGGUGGUGUUCGACCAUUGCGCCCAUCUAAAGUUACUUGGGACAGCAGGCGUAGUUCAGAAGUGAAGGCUUCUAGUGAUGCUCAAGCAGAGAAAUCGUCCGAAGGAAAUGGAUCAGAUAGUGGACAGAAGAGAAAGCGGGCGGAUGAUAAUGUAGAGUCUGACUCAAGGGAUGCCAAGUCUUUACGUCUCUGUAGCGGGGAAGGUAAAACUGAUUUAGAUGGAUCAGACAGUGGACAGAAGAGAAAGCGGGUGGAUGAUAAUGUAGAAACUGACUCAAGGCAUGCCAAGUCUUUGCAUCUCUGCAGUGAUGAAGUUCGUGAGGCUAGCCCUCCUAUCAGCAAUGUCAGUUCAUUUUCAACAAUAUGUGACGGUAUCGAUGCAAACAAAAAUCACAAUAAUAACGUGAAAAUUAGCUUAGGGAAGAUAGAAAACCCGGUAGACAUUCCUUAUCAGAAUGGUCAGACUGAAGUAUCAUCAAGGUGCAAUCCACCAGUCGAUAGUCUAUUUUCUGUUGUGAAUACAUCAAGUUCUAAGGAAGAGGUACUGGAGAAGAUUAUGGGCGGUCCAUGUGUUUCCCACCAAGCUUUGCCAGAAGUGGAUGAGCUUGAAGAUGAUUUGGAAUAUAGACAUCAAGUCAAAGACUCUUCAGGAAAUAUGAAAGGCAGUCAAAUGGAGGCUUCAGAGGAGAGUGCGUCAGUUGCAACGCUAGUAAAUUAUAGCAACGGAGCUGGUACUUCCACCGAUUUAUAUAAUGGGGGAUCAGAGGAACUUGAGCCUGCUGAACUUAUGGCGCCAUUCUCAAACGGAACCCCUUCUCGGCCUGUGGCUCAGAGAAAGCCGAUCAUCAGGUUGAAUUUCACUUCAUUGGCCAAAGCUGCUGGUAAAAGCUCAUAAAACGGAUGUUCAAAGCCGAAAUCUCAUGUAUAAUAAGAGUUUUUAACCCCGACUUUUUGUAAGGAUAGUUACCAUCAAUAAAUUUUGGUAUUUACCUU